AUGGUCGCAUGGGGUCGCGGUGCGACAGCAGCCGUGUUCGGGAUAGGUAGAGGCCGGCAUUCCCAAGGUGGACCCGAUGGCGGGAAAAGCGGGUUACCACUAACAUUUUCGGAUAGCGAUCGGUGGAAGACGAGCAAUGGGUGCGGUUUCGCCGUGCUGGUAACCCGACGAUGGGAGUCGCUGCUGGUGUGGGCGAGCAGUGGCGGAAUUCGCUGGCUGGUCGCAGGCUUGGCUAUCGCUAUCAUGUUUUCCAAGGCCCUUGCCGUGUGGCUACAGACGCUGCUGAUCGGCCCCACUGCAUCCUUUGGAUCCGACACCGCCAACUUCCCCCUCUACUCCGAGGUGGCUCGCUGGUAUGCCAGUGGAGUCACGGCCGUGCUUGCACUCAUGGCCACCAAGCUCCUGGGCCGCCCCAUACUCUCGCCAGUCCCCAUCUACUCCUUUGCUGGCGCUGGUGCUGCCAUCACCAUCACGGCAGUGUGCAUCAGAGAGCUCAACGGGCGCAUUGGCAUUGGAGCCACCUGCAUGGUCUAUGCCCUGUGCACUCUCUCACUGCUUCUCUGGCAGUCGAUACUGAGUGGGGCGCCCAUGCUCGUGGGCUCCUGCAGCGGAUCCUCCCCCGUGGCAGCGGUGGCGUGGCGGCGAAUGCACUCGCUGCGUCUGCUGGGAUGUCUGCUCGCCUGCCUGGUCGCCUACAGCUGCUGGCUCUGGUUCCCACCGGCCUCUGAGGCAGCGCGGGUGCUACUGCCCUCUGCCACGCCGCUUUACCUCUGGCCGCCUGCCAGCAUGGGGGUGCGCUACUGGUGGUGGAUCGGGCCCCUCGCCGUGCCCAUAUUCGCGUUUCUCCUGUUCUGCUCUGACGGCCUAGCAGUGGCGCUGCAAGAGCGAGUCUAUCUACAAUACGACCUGCCAGUCACCUCGCUCGUGCUCUACGUGUCCACAUCCGCCUUGUUUGUUGACUUCUGGGCGUUUGCCUUCAGUGACCACUUCGACCGCGCCUUUGGCUUCGUCUUUGACUGCCCGCAGUGCCUGCUGUACCUCGUGCUCGCAUCCGUGCCAUCAGCGCUGGCAACCUUCCUCACGGCGCUGCUGCUGAGAGUCUCAGGCGGGCUCGUCUCCUCUCUCGUCUUGCGGGUGAGCCCCCGCCCCUCUGCUUCUCGCCCGCGGCUCCUCCUCUCCUCUCCAUUGCCUGCCCCCUCUCUCUUGAAGGAGGCCCUGAAACUGAUAGGUGCUGCUGAGAGUCUUCGGCGGGCUGGUCCCUUGUCUCGCCUGGCGGGCGGCUUUCUCUCUCUGCUCCGUUCCCUCCCUCCCUCCUCCCUCCCUCCCUCUCUUCUCCCUUCCCUCCCUCCCUCCUCCCUUCCCUCCCUCCCUCUCUCCUCCCUUCCCUCACUCCCUCCUCCCUUCCCUCCCUCCCUCCUCCCUUCCCUCCCUCUCUCCUCCCUUCCCUCCCUCCCUCCUCCCUUCCCCCCCUCCCUCCUCCCUUCCCCCCCUCCCUCCUCCCUUCCCUCCCGCACUCCUCCCUUCCCUCCCUCCCUCCUCCCUUCCCUCCCUCCCUCCUCCCUUCCCUCCCUCCCUCCUCCCUUCCCUCCCUCCCUCCUCCCUUCCCUCCCUCCCUCCUCCCUUCCCUCCCUCCCUCCUCCCUUCCCUCCCUCUCCGGCCCCAUCCGUCCCUCUCUGCCCCAUGCAGGUCGUCAUGAUCCUCCUUCUCUUCCCUCUGGACCCCUUUGCACCGCUCUGGAAAGUGCCUCAAAUUCUUACAGGCGUGGUAAGCACGAUACGCCCUCUACCAUCGUCACCUUCUCUAUCAUCCUCCCAACCCCUCUACCAUCCUCCUAACCACUCUGCCAUAACGCUCUGCAUCUGA